AUGUUUGAAGUUGGGCAAGGAAUGCAAACCCUUCAUGAUUCCGCGCCUGUUGUCCGAUUGAGCGAGGAUGGCAAUGGGCUUUACAAGUUGCUGAUGUGGUGUGACCUCAGCUUAGACCCUACCCAGACUCCAUUGAGCAUCGACGACGUCGCCCUCAUUCUCUCCAUUACCGACAAGUACAUGAUGAACGGCGUUGCCAGUCACGUCGGCAUACUUCAUCAUUACAUUGAAAAAGAGCUGCUCAUGGUAUAUGCAUUAGCCUAUCGCGCCCGCAGCUCAUGGGGCGAGAAACUCAUGCGGGCAGCUGCAUGGCAAAUGCUUAAAUUUUCCAAACUACCUUUCACGCCAUCUACACCGAAGGCCCUCAAGGACCUUCCUGCCACGGCGAUGUCACACCUGAUCAAUUACCGAGAAAUGUGCGGUGUGUCUGCUCGAUCUUUGGUCGCAGAUAUGUCCUGGUUAAAGGGCACGAGCUUUCCGGCACCGUGGGCGCAUGGACAGAAGGCUUUAUGCAAUUGCCCAUCCGGCUCCUAUCGUGACCGUCGUGUCUACCUUUGCCCGUGGUGGUUACGCCUUAUGAAACGUAUCGGAGAUGCACUUUUAGAAUCGCCCUGUGUGGAAUCUUUAAUUGUUUGUGUCGGCAAAGAUGCAUCGCCUGUUACCCGAGUCGCUGGAGUAAAUCUUGCCGAUGCAAUGUGCUGCAAUGCAUGCAAUGAUGGUAUGGAUCUAAGCGCGGCAAGCGAAGGGUUGAUGAAAUUGCAAGCGGAACUCGCGGAGAAGAUCGAAUUGGUUACUAGACAAGUUCUGCUAGUCAUUGAUCCGUAG